ACGUCUUCAUCAUCGGGUCCUAAACCCUGCGUUUUGUUUUUGACGAAUAGCGAGCGAGGAAAAGCGAGUGUGCUCCUCGCCGUGGCUCAUGAGUUUCUGAUGCAUUCGUCGUAUCAAAUCCACGUUGGGUCGUUUAGGCCGCUGAAGAAGCAGAUCGCGGAACUGAAUUAUCAUGUUUUGUCGUCUGGAGCGGGUCGUCACACGGCCGUAUUGGAGGUGAUUCCGGGGCCGUCGCUGAGAGAAGUUCAGGUUCGAGAUGGCUGGGUAGGUGAUGGGUGGGAGGUUCAUCGGAUUGGGCUGUGUACGGCUUUGAAGAUGUAUCAGAGUGUUUUGGUGCCGGGGUUGCUUCCGUGGAUGGGGGUUGAAUAUGUGGAUAUUUAUGAUGCGAUUGUUGGGGUCGUUCAGGCGCUGGCGCCGGUUUUGGUGGUGGUUGAUCCGUCUUUGGUUCCGGCUGUGGAUGUUUGUCGUAAUUUGCGUUGGAGAUAUGUAUUGUUGGGGCUCGGUUCGGGGUUUGAAUACCCGCUGACGUGCCGGGAUAAAUUGCGCAACGUGUACCUGGGUAUUCGUCUCCAAGGGGCGGUUAAGAACUCAGAAAGACUGCAGGACGUGGAGAACGCCCGUCACGCCUGGGGAAUCCAAGGACCGACCCCUAUCCCAUAUUUGCAGCACGGCAAGACAAUCAACACCACGAUUCUCAGCCCUGCUCACCUGGAGACCGACUUUCCGCUGACAGUUCCCGAUAAUGUCACUCUCUGCGGACCUAUCAUCCCCCCUCAUCGUCCCAUCGGGGAGGAGGAUCCCGAAAUCGCCCAUUGGCUCUCGCAGCGUCCUACCAUGUUAAUCAACAUGGGUACCCGGUUCCACUACGAUGAGAAGCAGCAGAUCGUGUUCGGCAGGGCCGUGUGCAAAUUGCUCGACGCAAAGCCCAACCUGCAGGUCCUGUGGAAGCUGCAGCGCGACGAAGAGGUGACCGUCAGUCCGAACCUCGUCGAGAUUCUACAGCUUCAUAUGCUCGACCAACGUGUGCGGAUUGAGGACUGGUUUGCCUUCGAGCCCAUGUCUCUGCUGAUGAGCGGCCAUAUCACUUGUGUGGUGCACCAUGGGGGAGCCAAUGCCUACCACGAGGCUGUCCGGGCGGGUGUCCCACAGGUCGUUCUUCCGAUCUGGUUCGAUACGUACGACUUCGCAGCGCGGGUGGAGUAUCUCGGCCUCGGCGUCUGGGGCAGUCGCCAGACCGCGCCGGGCGUGAGUGGAGAGGAUCUAGUUGAGGCGCUGCUGCGCGUGCUAGUCAGUGACGAGCUCAGUGGAUUCCACGGGCGGGCCCAGCAUGUCGCUGCUCAGUUGCCUCUGAAGGAUGGACGGGUGAUUGCGUACGAGAAGAUCCUCGAGGUGUUGAACCAGCCGUGGGAGGCUCCUCCGACUCAAUUGAACCAUCUCCCCGCAUCCCAUCCGGUUUCCCCCUGCUCAUAUAUAACUCCCGUCACCUCUGCUCUCCAACACCAAUUCCUUUUCACUGUCACCCUUCCAUCCAAUUUCCUUUCUCUCACAACUAAACCAAUAACUACCACCACCACAAUGGCCUCCGAACGCAUCACCUGGAUCGGCCUCGGCAACAUCGGCCGCGCCAUGGCGCAAAACAUCGCCACCAAAGGUCCCCAAACGCACCCGAUCACCCUCUACAACCGCACCUCCAGCAAAGCCAGCACCUUCGCCUCGACCCUCCCCCCCAACAAAGCCACCGUAAGCACCUCCCUCACCGACGCCACCGAUUCCGCAACCAUCAUCUUCAUCUGCGUCGGCGACGACGCGGCCCUCGAAUCCAUCAUCUCCCGACUCCCCCCCACCUCCCUCGCCUCCAAAAUCAUCGUCGACUGUUCCACCGUCCACCCCGACACAUCCCGGAAAAUCCACACCACGCUUGCCGCCCACGGCGCCUCCUUCAUCGCGUGUCCCGUCUUCGGCGCCCCGGCGGCCGCCAUCGCAGGCCAACUGGUCGUCGUACCAGCCGGGGACGCGACAUCCAUCGACCGGAUCAAGCCAUUCCUAGACGGCGUCACAGCCAAAUCGACGAUCUCCAUGGCCGGGGAGGACGUAGGCCGAGCAACCACCUUAAAAAUCCUCGGCAACACAUUCAUCCUCAACACCGUCGAGACAGUCGCAGAGGGAUUAGUCACGGCCGAGAAAACCGGAUUAGGGGUGGAGGUGUAUCGACAGUUCUUGCAUAGUUUUUUCCCGGGCCCGUUUGCGUUGUAUGCGGAUCGGAUGGUGUCGGGGGAUUAUUAUCAGCGGGAGGAGCCGUUGUUUGCGGUGGAUUUGGCGAGGAAGGAUUUGAGACAUGCGGCGAGUUUGGCGGGGGAGGUGGGGGUGAGGUUGAGGAGUGUGGAGGUUACGGAUGGGUAUUUGGGGAAGGUUAAGGAGGAGAGGGGUGUUAAGGGGGAUAUUGCGGCCGUGUAUGGGGCUGUGAGGAAGGAGUCGGGGUUGGAGUUUGAGAAUUAGACUUAGAUAGGGGGAUAUAUGAAAGAUAUAGUUAGUUAUAGAUUGGUUGAGCUAUUAGUCAUCUUUGGGUAUGAUCUUGGAACUUUC